UUGCCUGGUGUCUGUCCUAUGAAGAACUCAUGCGAAACUAAGUUCCCAAGAGGACUCUAGGCCCAAGGGGGUCAGGGAUUGGGGUCCAAGGGUUGUUUUCGUACUCAUCUGCCACUGAAAGAACUGUGGGCUGGAUUCUUGGUGACCCUCUUCAGGUGCAUCCCCCUAAACACCCCCCACCCCACCCCAUUAAUAAAUUGACUUCAUAAAUGUAGUUGCAUUCUAGAUGGCCCCAUUCCUAAGAUGAACUUAAAGCCUUUCAAACCAGUCACUUCGUUGUCUGGACAGGGGAGCCUUUUUCCUGUAACAGGAGAGCCUGUGGAACAGUUGAGGCUCCACUUCUUUGGGGGUUAAACAUUCACUCUGAGUAAGGAGUUCUGUCUUUAGUGGGGCAUGUUCUUCAAGUGCCAGAGGAGAGAAGGGUGAUUUUUCUGACAUCCUCCAGCCUGCUUCUCCAUAUAUGGAAAUGUUUACCCACCACACUGAUCUAUUGGAAGGGAAGGAGGUGACUCAGGGUUUAGGAGAAGCAGGAUUUGAAUUCUUGCUUCCAGAAACAAAGUCCCCCCCUCCCCCCCACCCCUCCCCCUCCUUUCCUUUGCCCCUUGUUCUGGGAGCCGAGGAGAGAAGGUUUCAGUACUGUUCCCCUCGGGCCUGGGGACCACCUCUUUGCAGCGGGACUCAGGGUGUGUGAGAGAGAGUGAGGGCCAGCGGAAGGCCAGCUGCCUGUGGGGCCUGACGGCGCGUGGGAACAUUGAGGAAACGGAACUGAAGACAGAAUCCAGUCACCUGAUUCCAGUUCAGUGCUUUCUCUGUUGUUCUGCAGGACACUCAUCGGAGGGAAGAUAUCUGUCCGCAGCUGACACUAGCAUUGCAGUUUGCUGAACCUUGUGUCCACUGAUCAUUCCAAGAGCUAGCUGUCCAAGAUUCAACAAUGUCUCACCCAUCUUGGCUGCCACCCAAAAGCUCUCCUGAGCCCCUUGGCCAUGUGUCUGCACGGAUGGAGACCACCCAUUCCUUUGGGACCCCCAGCAUUUCAGUGUCCACACAACAACCACCGAAGAAGUUUGCCCCCGUCGUUGCUCCAAAGCCGAAGUACAACCCAUACAAGCAACCUGGCGGUGAAGGUGAUUUUCUUCCACCCCCGCCUCCACCUCUAGAUGAUUCCAGUGCGUCUCCAUCGGGCUCUGGGAACUUCCCUCCUCCACCUCCCCUUGAUGACAGUGCUUUCAGGCCACAGGGAAAUCCUGGAGGCAAGACCCUUGAGGAGAGACGCUCGAGCCUGGACGCUGAGAUCGACUCAUUGACUAGCAUCUUGGCCGACCUGGAGUGCAGCUCCCCCUACAAGCCUCGGCCUCCACAGGGCUCUACUAGCUCAACAACAGCUUCUCCUCCAGUCUCCACCCCUGUCACAGGACAUAAGAGAAUGGUCAUACCAAACCAGCCCCCUCUGACGGCAACGAAAAAGUCUACAUUGAAGCCACAGCCUGUACCCCAGGCUGGACCCAUCCCCGUGGCUCCAAUUGGAACGCUAAAACCCCAGCCUCAGCCCGUCCCAGCCUCCUACACUACGGCAUCUACCCCUUCAAGGCCUACCUUCAACGUGCAGGUGAAGUCAGCCCAGCCCAGCUCUCAUUACAUGGCUGCCCCUUCACCAGGACAAUUUUAUGGCUCAGGGCCAGGGGCCCAGGCCUAUAACACUCAACCAGUUCCUAUCGCUGGGCAGGGUCCACCUCCUUCUACACGGGGAGGCAUGGAUUACGCGUAUAUCCCACCACCAGGACUUCAGCCUGAGCCUGGGUAUGGGUAUGCCCCCAACCAAGGACGUUAUUAUGAACCCUAUUGUGCAGCGGGGCCUGGCUAUGGGGGCAAAAAUGACUCUGAUCCUGCCUAUGGUCAACAAGGUCACCCAAAUACCUGGAAGCGGGAACAAGGCUAUACUCCUUUUGGCACCGGGAAUCAGAACCCUGCUGGGAUGUAUCCAGUUGCUGGUCCCAAGAAGACCUAUAUCACAGAUCCUGUUUCAGCCCCCUGUGCACCACCACUGCAACAAAAGAGUGGACAAACAGGAUCCAUGGGGCCUCCGGCUGUCCCUUCCUCAUUCCGCCCUGAAGAUGAGCUCGAGCAUCUGACCAAGAAGAUGCUGUAUGACAUGGAAAAUCCACCCGCCGAUGAAUACUUUGGCCGCUGUGCUCGCUGUGGGGAAAAUGUAGUAGGGGAAGGUACAGGAUGCACUGCCAUGGAUCAGGUCUUCCACGUGGAUUGUUUUACCUGCAUCGUCUGUAACAACAAGCUCCGAGGGCAGCCCUUCUAUGCGGUGGAGAAGAAAGCCUACUGUGAGCCCUGCUACAUCAAUACCCUGGAGCAGUGCAGCGUGUGCUCCAAGCCCAUCAUGGAGCGGAUUCUCCGAGCCACUGGGAAGGCCUAUCAUCCUCACUGCUUUACCUGCGUGAUGUGCCACCGCAGCCUGGAUGGGAUCCCGUUCACCGUGGACGCUGGCGGCCUCAUCCACUGCAUCGAAGACUUCCACAAGAAGUUUGCCCCCCGCUGUUCUGUGUGCAAGGAGCCUAUCAUGCCAGCCCCCGGCCAGGAAGAGACUGUCCGGAUUGUGGCUCUGGAUCGCGAUUUCCAUGUUCACUGCUACCGGUGUGAGGAUUGUGGUGGUCUCCUGUCUGAAGGAGAUAACCAAGGCUGCUACCCUUUGGAUGGACACAUCCUCUGCAAGACCUGCAACUCUGCCCGCAUCAGGGUGUUGACUGCCAAGGCUAGCACUGACCUUUAAAUCCAGUCACCUAUUUAGCGGUUAGUUGGUGGCGCUGAGAAGGAUGAAACACAAGAAAAAAAAUAUAAGAAGAGAAAUAGGAAAAGAGAGGAAAGGCAAUUAAGCUAUGGGAUGGUCUCUACUUCAUCCACUAUUAACCUUCCUUUAGAAACACAUAGAGUAUGAGAUGUUUUAAAGUUCUCACCAAAUACACAUUUCACAUUUAAUCAUGUAGGACCUUGAUGGGCCUUUGUUCCCAAGGACUUGCACAUUUUUGCACGGAUUAUGCUCCAUCCCAUUCACUUCUGCAUUCCUUUAACUUUUAAUCCCUAUGUUUGUCUCACUUUUCAUCUGGUUGAAUGGCUUUUUUUAGUGUGGUAUUUGCUGUCACACAGCUUUUCCUGGGUGAGUUUGCCAACUCACAGGUGCUUUUAGGCUUGAAGGCUCCAUCCUAUCACUUCCACAUUGCCAGUGAGCAUAAAAGGUAGCCAUUCUUUUUCUGUGUAUUGAAAAAUAGUUCUUUCUGUUGCUCUAAACUAGUCGUGUCCCUUGGGAAAAGAAAAUGCACAAUUAUAUGUCAGGCUAUAAAGAAUUUAAGCUGUAAAUUACAUAGGUUAAAAGAAGCCCUCAUUGAAUUUGCAGCCAUCCUAAUUCAAAAUCUAUAAUGACCAGUGUUUGGGGCUCAUUUGAAAACAGAUACUGGUGAGAGAGAACCAAACUUCAAUAUUUUUCUAAAGAAAUUACAGAUAGGGUAUGCUGGAUAAAGCAUUUUGGGGUUAUAUUCGAAAAACUCAUUAUUACCCCAAAAUAUUAUCUUAAGAUUUUCCUUUUCCAUGCUACCUGGACAUAAUAAUAUGGACAAACUUGGUUUUCUCUAGAAUAUAACAUUUCCAAUACUGUUCUUCUUUUCAUGCCAGAAAUAUUGCCUUUUUUUUUUUUAAAAUAUCCAAACACAAGUACCAAAAUUGACUUUUUCUCUAGAGGAAAAUAGCUAUAAAGAGCGGUUUAAAAAUUUUUUUUUCCAGGCCCAGGUCCUUUUUGCCUGACAGUUGCAAAUCAGGGCACAUAAAAUUGUGUUAGUUUUGUGUAGUUUACUUUAAAAAGACAGGAAAGCUUGAAAAGAUUGUGAAACCACAGUCUCAUUAUUCUUAUAAUCCUUCUGCAACUCAAAUUACAUACUGCAGAAGACAUUUUCAUAUCAUUGAUGUGACAUUUACACCACACUUUCAAAGACAAUCACUGAAAAAAAAUUGCCUUUUUGAGCUAAAAAUAUGCAGUCUCUGCCUAGAAUCUUUAUUCAAACUCUUACUGGGCAGUGAAAUGCUUACUUGCCAGCUCCAGGACCGCAUAUACUUUAUUACGUUUUAACAUGUUUCUUUUAAGGAAGGACGCUUCUUUUAGUAGCAGGUUACUGUUUUGUAAACUAAUUAAGUAUCUUGGAUUAAGAUUAGUUAAAACUUUCUUCAAAUUUUUCACAAGUAUAUACUUUUAAAUUAUGAAGUACUUUAAAUAUAAACAAAAGUAUAAAUAAUAAUAUAAUGAAUCUCUGUGCCACCCAGUUUAAGAAAUCAAAUAUAACAAAUAUAGCUACAUUCCCCUGUAUACCCUUCCCUGAUUCCACAGAUAUUUUUUCAUGAUUAGAAAGUGACAAAGUUUUCUAGUCUGACUUUUGUUUCUAAUUUUUAAUUUUAACACUCAGAAAUGAAAAAUUGUGCGUGUUUUGAAUUGCAACCCAGGCCUCAAGAGUCCCAGUUAAAUUUAUUUUACUUCAGUAGGAAUCAUCAUAAAGGUGGUUGAUUUUUUUUUUUUUCUGUAAGAAGUUCUUAAGCUUAUAGCUCUUCUGAGUUAAUCUGUGGCUCAUUUGCUUUGGUCCCCAAACGGUUUUGUUUUAGAACCACCACAGUUACAGCUUUUCAAAGGGUCCUUUGACCCUUGACUGUCCUUUCCUUACCUUGCUGCCCUUAUCCUUGAUCUCACAUUUCUCAUAAUGUGAAAUACGAGGGGUCCACUUCGGGCAGCAUAUGAAUUUUAGGAUACAGUGGCAACUGUAUCUCUGAAUUUCUGUCUCCCAAAUGAAAGGCCAGACCAUGCGGAUGAUCUCAAAGAAUACUGACUAUUAGACAAUUGAGGUGAUAAUGAUAAUAUAAUCUGCUUGAAUUGUUUCAGUAACUUGUUUUCUAUGAAAUACUUGGGGGGAAAUUGUCUUUUGGUCAAAAGCAAAGAGCCCAGUUUAUUGAGAGAUAGAUUUUAUCUCUUGAAGUGCAGUCCUAUUAGUAUGAAUUGGAUUUUAUCUCUUGGAGUGCAGUCCUAUGAGUAUGAAUUUUGCCAAAGGAGGGAGAAUUUAUGAAAUAUUUAUACUAUAAAAAUGCAAUAACAUUCUACUUGUUUGUUACAUUUAAGUCCUUAUGUAACUGAAUGUUUACAUGCAAAAAAAAAAAAAAAAAGAGAGAGAGUAAUAAAAAAAUGCUUUCACAGACCCCUCACUGUGGCAUUGCCAGAAUACUGCUUGCUUACAAUCUUUAUAGUGCAUUUUAUCACAUAACCUCAGAGUAUCUUUACCAAAGAUUUUUAAAGUAAAUCUCUUUUUAAUAUAGACUUAUCAUACUUUUAUAAUAAUGAAUGUGCACACCUACGUAUAUAGAUAUUUAGAUUUAGAUUUUUUUUUCUUUCACAAGGUAUAAUAAGGAAAGGAUCCUAAAAUAUUUUAUUUCAGGAUUUCUUAAAUAUAUGAUUUAUAUUGCUUUCUUAUCUUCUCUUAAUCAUUUGGUGUCAGCAAUGCCAAAUCACGUUUUACUGUUUUAGCUACAUGAAAUUUUGCCUAUAACAGAGAUAUAAAGAUCUAAUACCUUAAGGAUUAUAAUUCUACUGUCUUUUGAUAUAUUGUCUUGAUUGUUAAUCAUUUAAAUACAUAAGUAAUAGAAAAGAAUCAUAGAGUCUAUAAGAAAAAGUUUGUAAAAAUAUACUAAAAAUAUACUGGCUUUAAAAAAAAUUGUCAAGAACACAAAUAUUUGGUAAUUUUAUGUAACAUGAGAGACAUGGAAAAGGAAAAAGAAACCCACUGUGUCUUGGGCUCUGCAGACCGUUUCAUAGUUAGAUUUCUCCAUUGCCUGGAUCUCCAGCUCAUGGCAACUCAGUGUGGAGUCUCAUCUGCAAAUAAAUCGGCCUUUAAAACUCAAAAAUAAGUCAUGUGUCCCAGCAAAGCGCAUCAAGACUCUGAGAUCCUGAACAUGUCUGCAGCUCAAAGAUGUGGGUUCUUUUUUCUUUCAUUAACAAAUUGUUUCUGUAAGAGCAACUUCUCUGAUCAAAAUUACUACAUUGAGUGUAUGCUGAUUAAUACAGUGGAGAUAUCAACAGUAUAAUUGUUUUCUCACUAUGAAAGAUUCUGCAGAGAUGUUUGUGAUGAUGUUUCAAGCAUAUAACACUCUCAAGUGUUUUAUAUUUGGGUCCCAGGGGGAAAAGAAGAGCAUUUUACCAUGGGGCUAUAGUAGAGGGUUUAUGGAAUAUAGACAGGACUCUGAAAACACAACUUCCAACAGUUUUCCUAGUUAGUAAAAAUCCUAUUAAUGUGAACCAGCCAGGAGUAACAGUGUUAUUUCUAUUUGAUAUGUUUUGGGCUUCUCUUGUCAAAUCUGUGUCGGCUGCCCCUUGAUCCCUCCAUUAUCAAGUUUUGCAGGGUGUUGGGGAAGUUAUGGCAGCUGCCAGGGAGAUCAGGGAAACACUGAUGUAACCUCACAGCCUCUCACCAUUCCUCUUGGCUUGGAAAGGCUUUUUUUCCAUAUACAUUUCUAGAAAUAUUGCUAUUCUACCUUAGUAUUUCACAUUUGUAGUUUAAACAAGCGAUUGUCCAUCUGUUGCCUAGAGCUACAGUACAUGUGUGUUAUGAAUGAAAUAUGACAGCAUGUUCCAUACCAUGCUUUAGCCAUCUGUAGGAAACCAGGAGGCUGGAAAAGAUAUACCUCUGCAAAAUGUGCCUCAAGUUCAUUUCCUGAGAUCGCUCUUUUGGUGCACUUUCAUGGGAGACAAUCAGAGAGCAACAUGGAUUUGUGCCUUAUUUUUAAAGAAUCUUUACACUACUCUGAAUGCUCCACUGAAGAGUCUGUCACUUAAAUAGCCAUCCCCAAAUCUCCAAGAUAUACUCAUCAAAAAGUCAAAAUCCAGAGAAAUCUCAACUCUUCAUCUUAAUGUAUUCUAACAGUAUUUCUGUUCUCGCCAUCUCUUAGAAGUACCUUACGGAUUCCUAAAUUAGGUAAACAUUCUUAUGCCACGAGGUGAUGUCUUGGGUGUUGUUAGUGACUUAGUGGUCUUACUCUCGUUUUAGUUAGAUAGUGAAGAAAGACUUCCACUUGAGCCUUUAACACCUAUUCAGCAUGUCCACUUUUUUUUUAAUUGCCACAAUUUUUUUGUUUUUUUUUUUUAAUUUAAUAGUGUACAGAACAAGUUGAGGAUCUUGGUUCUGAGUCAUUAUUAUGGUGCAAUCAUGAACACUUCAGGUCAAGUUAUUUCCUUGACAGAUAACUUUUCUUAUGAAGCUGUUGUUUAGUUCACUUAUAGUUCAACCUUUAAAAAGUGAUCUGAUUAAAGCUGUGUGGCGUGGUGAGAGUUCUUCCUCUCUCUCUCUCUCUCUCUCUCUCUCCCCCCACCCCCACCCCUGCCUUGUCUCCCUUCUUAUUCCUUCCCAUUCCUACUCAUUAAUGUUAUCGUGCUUGGACUUUUCAUAAAUAAGUUAAAUCAAUGCAUUACAAGCCAUAUGGAAUUAUGAUCAUAUUAAAGGAAGAAUUGUGCCGCAAAAUAUAUGUGUCAUCCAUCAAUUCUUUCUUUAAAAGUGCCUGUUUUUCCAGAUUGUGUUUAUUCAUAAAGUGAGGUGAGAUAAUAGAGUCUUUCAGUUUUAUUUUAAUGAGUUUUCAUCAGGGACUCAGAUCACAGAGUUCUUGGCAAAUUCCUUUAUGACUGGCCUACUUUUCUCAGCUAUAGGCAAAGUGAUCUUUCUAAGACUAGGUUGAGAUUUUUUUUUAAUCCAAAGCAUUUUGACCAACAAAACAAUCAUAUUUUUAAGUGGUGGCAUGUUAUUUUAGAUCAAUGAAACUUGAGAGUUUUCCUUAUGGCAGGGGAAAGCUAUUAUUCUUCUGGAAUUUUUACACAUAUCAGCAUUUUUCCCAUGACAGUAAUAUUAAACCCUAAUACUUGAAUCACAGUAUUUUGCAGGGAGUAGGUCAGCAACAGAGUUUUUCCUGAAGCACGGAUUACAGACCUGUAGUCUGUUUAUAAAAAGCAACCUGAGAAGAACAAUCUGGGUCUUUCGGUAAAACAUUGUCUUAAAAUGAGUCUGAGAUUCUUUUGAACUCUGGCUAAUACUGAUCAAAACAUGCCUUCUGUGUCCAUUUUUUAUAAAUUUGUUUAGGAAAAGCUUAUAAUUCUAGGACUGUAUUUCUAUUUUGGGUUUCUGCCCUUCUGUUUUCUACAAGUUGAUCUUGAUUUUCCUUUUUAGGAGGGUCACAGAUGAGGAAAGUAAAAGCAUAACUAAUACAUACGUAAUUCAAUACACAAAUGAAUUGGCCGAGAAUUAAUGAUAGUCUCAGUGAAUGUGUUGUUUUGAUAAACAGGCAGAGGUUUUGGGGGGUUUUUUUUUUGGUUUUUUUAGUUUGUUUUUUUUUUUUACCUGUCUCCAAGAAGAGAGGCCUUUGGCGGGGAAGGAGGAAUUUGAGAGAAGGGGCAGGUCACAAUUUAAACAAUAAGAUUCUUGUACCGUGUAACUCAGAAUUUUCAUAGGGGUUUUAAGGAUUGGCAAUUGUAGUUUUUUAAACAAGUAAAAUAUUUAUAUUUCCAGGUUUAUGAGGUGUUUAAAAAUCACUAUGGCUAACCAUGUAUUUUUCCCUUGUCAGGAGAGAAUUAAAAUGGGAGCUGCUUCUCAGCCCCAUGGCACGGCCAUAACUACACGAGACUUUUUUUUUUUUUUUUUGGUACGCGGGCCUCUCACUGUUGUGGCCUCUCCCGUUGCGGAGCACAGGCUCCGGACGCGCAGGCUCAGCGGCCAUGGCUCGCGGGCCCAGCCGCUCCGCGGCAUGUGGGAUCUUCCCGGACCUGGGCACGAACCCAUGUUCCCUGCGUCGGCAGGCGGACUCUCAACCACUGCGCCACCAGGGAAGCCCACGAGACUUUUAUAAUACAUGUCAUUUCAUCCCUCUGUGAGAGGGCCAUAGCUCGUUCUCUUUGUGACAGAUGGCAAUGCAUAUUCUUACGUAGUCUUAGUUAAGCUGUACUACGCCCUAAGCAUCUCUGAAGGUUAGAGGUUUCUAUUUUCACACAUUCAGUAUUUCAUCCCUUCUGAUGUACUUACUUGGUGAGCACGGUAAGCAGGCGUUGUUUUGGUCUGUGGGCUUCUUGUUCAAAUCCAGUCAUCCACGUCCUGUACGGCCCUGCCUAAACAGCCAUGCUAGAAUUGAUUUGUACUGCCUUUUUCCUUUUUAGUUACAAGCACAGAAAACUAACUUUAGCUUACUAAGUUCAAAGAAGAAAUAUAAAAUGGCACAUUUUUCCUUCAAUAUAGAAAGGAAAGACACUUACUCCUUUACCUCUUUUAUUUUCCUGGACCCUGGGCAAAAAGUUGUAGACUCUAUAAUUUUGUUAUCCAACAUGCGUGGGGCUUAUCUUGUGGGAAGUUGUGUGGAAGAUGCAUUUUAUUAAACUCAUUGACUUUUCUCCCGUGAAGUUACAAAAAAAGAAAAAAUUACUAAAAUCUUCGCCCUUUAUUCCUGAUUGUUACUUAAUUUACAGCAGUUUCUAACCACACUAAUAAAUAUCUCUUAUCCUAGCCCUUGUUAUAAGCACAGAUUUUGUAGGAUUCUACAAGCAAAAUGUUAUGUAUACUAGAAAGAUGAGGGAAACCGAUAGCUAAUUCUUUUGUAAUACCUUAAGAUGGUUACAUUAAUCCUUCCCUACUGUGUGCUUGCUACUUCUUCCAGGAUACUUAUUCACUUAUGGGCAAGAGAAAACAUCAUGCAUCUAACUCUGUUAGACAUUGACCUAAUAGGCCCAAAUAGAAGUCUUUAUUAAAUGACCCACAAAUGCAAUCAACUUGGUACUGAACAUAGCUUCUAAAUUCAGUGUUCAACCCCAGGAAUAGAAUGAUCUACCAAGACUGAGACAGGUUUCAUUAUGUCAUCUUGUGUUCUACCCCAGUGUAGAGGGCUAUAGCUGACCCCAAGCCCCAGUGCUGUUCCUAGACAAAUCAUGCGUCCUUUAAGCAUCUGAAUCUCCCGUUAUUUUCCUGACAAGGCCCCAUUUCACAUCUUCUUAGAGCUGGCUAGUAUGUAGUAGUAUUCAUGGCGGUCCCUUCUACCAUUGGGGCAGCUUUUUUUCUACAAAAGUUCUUCCGUGUUAAACAAAACUCUGGCUCUGGAGCUAUGCACAAGAAGUCUAAUGUCUAAAUUGUUGCCUCUAGGUCAGAUAUCACUGACUCUUUCAACUUUUCCUCAUUGAUUGACAUGGUAUCAAGUCCAAUCACCCUCUUGCUUCUCCUUUGAACAGUUGGACCCAACAAUAUUUUCUAAUUUUGUUUCAUCUACUUGGUGAAAUGGGGCCAGCACUUUAAGUCAGGCUAGGUAAAAACACUUUCUUCAGGGCUGAAAGUAAGUGGAAUUGGAAGCAUCCAAAGGAAACUGAUAUUCGAUGUGGAAACUUCCCCCAAGGACUCAGACCCAGGAGAGUGAAAGCUUGAUGAGGAUAGAUCUCCCAUGUGUGCAAAACAGUCCUCUUACACUAUGUCCUUUACUGUUUUUGUUGUUACCAAAAAGUCAAAAGAGGAAGUGAGCUAGUUAGUAUAUAUGUCAUCCAUAAGACUCCCACUUCUUGGUCAAUGUUCAUAAAUUCUCUUCAGCCCUUUCCCUUUGUUCUUGUCUUCUCAAGAAUAAGACAUUUCUUGUCCAUGUUCCCAUACUGAAUACACAAAAAGAGUCCUGGGCUCUUUAUCGGUUCCACAUAAAUAUUUCUGGCUGGUUGGCUUUUGAGGCUUGCUUUCAUUCUUCUGGGCUCAAAUGUUAGUACCUAUAGAUGUUGCACUCUAGACCAAGUGAGCAGCUUCCCUACUUGAUCAGUUAAGAACUACCCUUAGGAGUCCGUGUUUUCUCUAUCCUUUUGUCUUUCUAACAUCUUUACCCCUUACUCAUCUCCUCAAUGUAAUAAUCACUUGAAGGGAAUCAGCCCCUAAGUAACUCUGAUUGAAGCUAACUGCAGUAAAAUCAAAUAGGUUCAAUCUGCACUCCACAGGAAGGAAUAUAGCUUCAGGAAAAGUAAUUCUCCCCAGUGGUAUCAGUAAGGCUUCAUGGAAGAGUGAACUUUGUUAAGGAAUCUUGGUUCAUUGGCUUGAUUUAGAAGUUCAGAGAAGAAUAUUGACGGCACCAGAAACAAAAGGAGAGCAUAGGUUAUGUUCAGAGAAGACCUUCUGCUUUAAGGAUCACAGAUUCCGGAAUGUCCUUCACAGGAGAAAACGCUUCCAGAUACUCAAGGUCGGUGAGAAGGGAAAAGCAUAGAGCAAGAUUGAUUCAGUUUGCUUUUUCAUCUCUAUGUAAACGUAAGAUGGGAUACGUUGUCAAAUUAUAAUCCAACCCAUAGGGUAUCAACAGGAAUCUGUUUUGAUAACAUACAAAAUGCACAUUUGCAUUGGCUCAUAGCUCUGUACUCCACUCUUGCACCAAACACCCCUAUCUUUUGAGCCCACAAGGCGAUGAGCAGGACACCUCUAUUUUCCUAUUACUUCUAGGUCCACAGUUGGAAAGGACUCCACAUUCAUCUAUUCCACUUGGUGUUAAAAUUCCCUUAUAGAUUUCUUGCUAAGUGAUAAUCCAGACUCUGCUUAGCGUCACCUGCAUCAAGGAGCUCAUUACUUCUUAAGCUCUUCCAUUUCCUCCAUCAUGCUUUGUUCCAAGCUCCCAGAAACAGCCUUUGGGGCUUAGGUGCUCCUUGGUGCCACACAAAAUUCAUCUUUAGUACAUAAUAAAGUGUCGCUUCCUCCCUCUGUUUUCCUUCCAAACAUAUUUUGCUUUUGGCAACACAUUACUUUACAAAAAAUAAACUUUGAUUUUUUUUUUAGCUGAAGAUUAUAAAAACCUUUAAACAUCCUUAGAAAUAGUCUGAAGGGUUUUCUGAGGGUUAGGUUUCAGAGUAUGAGUUUGGGGUUGCUGUUUUUACUUUCUUAUUCAAAAGACAAACUGUUCUGACCGUUGUUCUAUAGCUUCAUGCCUUCCGCCAGUAACUAACCCAUGAGACCCUCUCCUGUUAUUCAUUCUGCUGAUAAUGACCUUAAAAUGUUGGGAAAUGUCAGCGUGCGAUCUCCACUUCUAACAAGGAAAACGUCAAAAGCAGAAAAUACUGGUUCUAUUGAAAUGCAUCACCUCUGGCCAGUUGUCCUUUGCGAAAGGAAGGAGGUUACAUUAUGUCAUGGUUUUACAUAGAAACGUAUACAUUCUUUCCAUAUUGUCCCGAGUUACUAUUUAGUGUCAAUACCAUUCCUUGGUCUUCGGGAGGACAAGGCUUGCAGCCCUGCCACCCCAGCCUUAAAUUCCAGAGUCCUAUCGGCAGAACCUGUCAUCAGGCUCCUGGGCAGGACUCGGAGGUGGCUUUCUGAGCUCUGAAAUAAUAAUUCCUAAGAGAGCUUACAAACUGCUUUCACACAUAAAACAGCCCUGGGAGGAAGGUUAUUAAUAGCCCUAUCCUAGAAGAGAAAGCUGAGGCUCAGAAUUGUUAAGUGACUUGCCAAAAGUGAUAGAGCUGGUAAGUGGUACAUUUGGGGACAUACCCAGGUCUUGCAAGUCCAGUGCUCUCUCCAGUGGCCGCUCUCAGGGCACAAAAUACCUCCAAGCACGCUGUAUGCUUCUCACAGACCACCGUGCCCCCUGUUUGAGGGCAUCCAAGGAAAUUCACAUAGGUUACUCAGCUAUCAGGUGGCAGAGCCAUGUGUGUACUGUGGUGUCUGAGAUCAUUUAGAGCUUGCAUGCAUUUUCUGUGUCAUCUUGUGGGAAACUACUAGGUAUUCUGAUUGGCAGUGUGAUGGAGCCAGUGAGGAAGGGCCACCGCUAAGAACAAACACUGUGGCACUGAAGUACACUGCAGCAAAUUUCCCCAGAGACCGUGGUUUACUUUACAUUAACUGAAAAACUCUCUGGAACUGUGAGGUUCCGUUUAUCAACCAAGACCAUGUCAUUUAGAAUCCAGUGGCGUGCAGAAAGAAGUGACUUGACCCUUAGGACGAUUCUCCUGUGGGCUACGAUUUAUGCCCCACAGAGGCAGGAACUGCUGUAGGUAAACAAUGCCUAUUCUUCUCUCAGUUCACAUUUAUCGAGGCCCACCAAGUAUAUGUCACAGCAUCAGGCAUUUCCGAGCCAGCCAACCGACCUUGACCUUGAAAUGUCUGUGAACAAAUGCUAUGGGAUUGACUGCCGUUCUGCGACUUGGCUUUAGCUACUUGAUAGCCUGGGCUUAUACCCUGCUGUGGUCGUUUUGUGAUUUGUGUGUGCUUAUCAUGAGGCGUUUGGUGCUCUGUUGUUUCCAGCCUACGUACUUGGAAGCCUGCGUGUAUAUUCUAGAACCUGCUCUACGUGGCAUUUCAACAACUGGGCAUGCCUUCUCUUGAGCUGCAUCCCUCAGGAAGCUGUGCCUUUUGAUGUGUGCUCUUGGGUUUUUAGUUCCUCCCAUUUCUCAUUAUAGUUGUUUGGCUUUAAGUUAAAAUCUGUCCACUGAUUGAAAAAUAUCUUUCUUCAUCUGAGUUAAAUCUACUGCAGGGAACCUUUAAAAUGAGCUUAUCUAAUAAGCUUUCUAGGCAUUUUCCCUCCCUAGAGUCUUCCAACCAUCAAGCUGGUCUCAUCAUCCCUCUGCUGAAUUCCCCGGGAUUAAUGAGGGCCAAGUUAAAUAACAAACGGCCUCUCACCCCUUUCCAGUCUUCACACCUGGGAAACACAGGCGGGGCCGGCGGGGCCAGCAGGCGAGUCUCCUUGGCUGACAUGUCAAUUUAGACCCUGGAAAGGUGGCUGAUCUUGCCGUGAGGUUUGAUUAAUGUGAUGACCGAUAGAGUGGAAAGUGAUUUCUCGUAGAAUAACAGGUAUAACCCCCACUACAGGAGUGGAGUAGCAGAAGCAGCAUUCUGAGAACUUAUCAGAAUUAUCUGGGUGAGUACGCCUGAGCCGAGACUCGCUUGGGUAGAAACUGUGGUGUCUUAUUAGAGGGAAUAAAAGGACAGUGAAGCUGUGAAUAUGAAAAAGCAGCCCUUUAAAAAAAUCAAGGGAGCCACAAGCUCUGAUUUAUCUUUACAUAACGUAAAGGAAAUUAUGAAUGCAUUUUUUUCUUCCUCCACUGUACACAAUAUUACCCCCCAUGCUUAGGGAAAACACAAUUGUGUUGUCCUCAAAACGCUCAUCCGUGCACGUGCUUGCACCCAGGCGCACACUCUCUCUCACACACACACGCACGCACACACACACACGCAGACAUCUUCCAAGAAGGCUGAUCCUUCAAAAAGGAAAUCUUAUUUUAAAACACUUGGAUUUUUCAGGCCAAGAAACUAAUAAUUCCUAGACCUGACCCAUUUUAGUGACUGCUAAAAAAGAAAAGGAAAAGCUAUUUAAAUUUUGUACGCAUCCAUUUAUCUCUUAAAAUAUGCCAGAGCAGUUUGAGGUGAGGGUGGAGACUAAGGUAUUUAUCUCUGCUGCUUGAGGCACUCUUUAUAUUUCUACCUGUUGGGAAAAGGGUAAGAACUAUUCUUGGGCGAUUAUUAUUUGAUGCAUUUGUGUUGCCACCUUGUACGGUGCCUGCUUUGCUUCCUACCGAGGCGUAAGAAUGAGUUGUUUUUUUGACUCCUUUUCCCCCAUCACGAGGGAGUAAAUAUUAAAGCCUGAAUGUCUUCCCUCACCAAAUUAUCUCAGUCCAUUUCUGAGCUAGUUUAGAAAGUGCACAAGGGGAAGAGCUAGCUUCUCCUGGAUAUAUGUCUCCAUUUUUCUUCUUUCUUGGGAGACAAAUAUAAAGGGAAAAAAUCCAGUUUCUUUUCAUCUCUCUUUCUCUUUGGGUGACAGUUGAUGAUCACUUAGUGAUUAUAAACCAGAAGUAGGUGAAUAGCUUAGCCAGGUUGUGAUGUAUCUGCCAACAUGCUUCAUUCCUUCAAACACAGACUUUGAGAGGAAAAGGGAUUUUAUCAUUUAAAUGCCAACAAUAGGAAUGGCCUCAUAUUUGAACUUUCAAACAGUAAAAGGUGAGUUGAUAUUUGGGCAGUGUUUGCAUUUUACUCACCCUAUGUGCCUUCUGCUUUUAGUUUUUAGAUGAAUGUCAUUACAUUAACGUAUCAGGGCAAAACUGCCAAAAAGUGUUAAAGUGCCUUGGACCUUCCUCACUGGGUAGCAAGUUGAAACUGGGAUAAACCGUACCAGCCUUCUUACUUAACUGAAAUAUCUGAACUGAGGUGUAUCCUUGAUGAAAGAGAUUUAGGACCCUGGAAACUAAAUCUUGUCACCCACCAUUAGCUUCUAUUUAACUAGUUGCAAAAUCAUUUUUAAAUGACUUUCUUCCUUUUAGUACCCAUUUUUUUUUCUCUUGGGAAAGCUGAUGAGCAAAUUAUCCAAGAAUUAUUUCUUAUUAAACAAAGUGAGAAUAUUUCCCCCCAAAAAAUCUGAAGUAGUCCUCAUUAAUUUUCAGGAGACACAUGAAAAAGCAAAUAGAAUUAAAGAUGGCAUCGAUUGUCUGAUUAUUUAGCAUGAAUAAAAUUAUGUGAUUUAAUGUGCCUUCAGUGAAAAUUUAAACUAAAUGCAAAACUUUCACAGCAGGAUGCAGUAUUGAACUUUUGCCUUGGUAUCUAUGCAAUUAAUUACUUUUUUUGUUUUGUUUUGCCUUUUAAACUUUACCUGUAUCAUUCUUUAUCAUUAGUUAAACAGAUUUGGGGCUGUCUCUUUCUCUACUGGGAAUAUGUGCAAUUAUGAGAUGCACCCCCCAAAAAAGGAAGGGAAAAGAAAGAACUUUCGGGUUGCAAAUCUGUGCCAUGAAGUAGACGUGACAUGAAGAUGCAGAGCCGGAGGAUAGUAAUUUUCUCUGAGCCGUACACACCAGCUUUUAUUUCAUGGCUUUGUCACAGGCUUUUCUCCUUCUGUGCUGUCACCUUUGAGAAAAACGAUUGCACCUUCUCCAAGUCUGCCUUUUAACAGCUACAGUUGAGUUGGCAAGACUUCCCCAGCUCUGAAUAUAGCCAUUUGCCAACUCCGGCCUCUUUGCGAGACUGACUCAAAUCUGUGAUCUUCUGUUCAGCAUACACAUCAGCAAAGUGAGAAGAUGAGCACUAAAUAUAGGCUCUGUUAACUUUACUUUUAGAUUUACUGCCUUCAAAAAAGUGCCUAUUCUGAGAAACAUAGACGUUAUUCCUACAUAUGUAUGUACACACGGUACCCAGAGUCAUACCGUGCAGCCUUCAAAAACAUACCAUCGAAAGGAGUAGGUGCUAAGAUAAGGAAACCUUGCCAAAUGAAAGUCCCUCGUUUCCAAUAUCCCCUCCCAAGUGGCACCGUGAAACAGGCUGCAAGCACAUUCCCUGAGCAUUCCUUGCUGAUACAGCCACUUUAUAUUUUUAUCCUACUGGGUGGUGGCAUGUUGCUGAGGUUUCCUGUAUCUACUUCAAGGGAAUAUAUUAUGCUUUAUGGAAUUGGAACAUUUAGUCAGGGAAAAAAAUUGUUUAAGGGAAUUAAUGAGCCAGGGUCUGUAUUAGGAUAUGUGUCGUAUGUGUGUUUUAUAAACUGAGCAUUGGUGAGCUUAGAAUGUCAGCACAUUGCUUCUCCUUUUAUCUCUCAGGCUAACAUCAGUGAAAACUAAAGAAAAGUCUUGGCUCUGAGAAUUGGAGGCUCAGGGGGCCAAAGGCCCCUGCCAGAUCCUUAGAGCAUCUUUACUUUGACUCCUAAAAAUAGUAGCCCCUGUUAUUUAAUGGCUUUUGUUUCCAUGGUUCUGUCACUGACAUUGUAACUGUAGAUAUUGUCGAUGGAGCGGCGGCUCAGCCUAGAAAGUUGGAUUCUUACCCAGGUGUGGCAGUAGGAGAGGCUCUGGACAAAUAGGAAGAGGUAGACUAUGCACGAUUUUAGGAAAAGGGUUGAAGGGAGGACGUGCUUCCAAAAAAGAUCUUUCUCAAUGUGUCGUCUGACUCAACCAGCUGGCAAAUUACACUUGCCAAGUCGCUCUCUUCCCAAGUCAGUUGGCUCCACAUUCACUUGAUUCUGCCUCUGCUUUGGGAAGGCAGGAUACCUCCAUUUAGCCUUUCCCCAAGGAAGCUCUUGGCAUCCUCUUGGUCACAAAGUUGUCUCCUAUGCCACCUAGUUUCACCAAAUGGAAGUAAAGGGGGACAAGCAAUAGAAGAUGCUUCCCAUGCCCUUGAAGUCAGCCACCAUUCUGCUUUCUAUCUAGGGGGCUCCACUACUUAAACUAAGGAGGAGGGCGGAACGGAUCAUGGUUUCAUAAUUUCCAGAGUGUGGACCACCCUUCCUUAGUUAUCAUUUUGUGAGACCACUUGUCUUCUUGGAGAAAGUGAUACUCUUCACUAAAACCGUCUACUCUUCCUGGUGAUUUUCUUGUUCUGUUUUUACUUUAUUCAGUUUCAACACUAGUCAUUUUCUUUUUUAUAGAGAAUCAGAUGUUAGUACUAGAUAAGAGUUCAAUCUCUGUGUGAUGUCAAAAGGGGCAUUGGGGUACUACAGAGUUUUUCCUCCUUAGAAAAAAGAUGGACUGGGAAAGAGACAGGAUGGCUUUGCUCCAGGUUUCAAUCUGAUUGUGACUAUGAGAGAGUUUUAUGUAAUGUUAAAUGGUAUUUACAAGUAGACAGAUCAAGGGAAAAGGGGGAGAAACCAGGUUUUCUCUGUGCUAAAUGUGUCAAAGAACAAGAACUUCUUACUAACUAAAUACAAUCAUAGACCCAUCAUGAUCAGCUGCGAGUCUGAAUAACAUUCUCUGACUUAGGGAAAGCCACACACACACACACACACACACACAAAUGUAUAGGGAAUAUGCCUUUUUUCACAUGUAUGAUACAGAGCCAUGGUAUUCCCAAAAUACAGAUUUCUCUUUUUUAUUCUUAGCAAAUUGCAUCUCUCCACUACAUCAUGAACCAUCACUGACAUAUCCAAAAUAGCCCUCGUGGUUCCUUAUGAAAAUAAGAGAAUAAAACCUGUUAUAAGCAAGUGAUUUGGGUUAUUUUCUUUUGUUUUUAUACAUUACCAACUAUAUUAAAUCAUGUUUCUAUUUACCUUCUAUCAAUUUUUUCCUAUCAAUUAUGUUUUUCCAAUGCUCUAUAAGAAUAAAUACGAAAAUCAUAUUCCUUUUUUUUCUGUAAAAGAAUUGCAACUACUUUAUUAUAUUUAGAAAUCCAAUAAAGUUAUUACAUUUA